CGUUUAUGUUUAAUUUUCUCGUAUUGUUUUGUUUUGUUCGAUUUUAUUUUGUUUUUGACUAAACAAUCAUCAACAGAAAAACAAAAAAAUGUCAAUAUAAGCAAGAUCUAGAAACAAGAACUCAUUUGAAAAAUAAUAAUAUUGAUGCAAGUCUAGUCUCCUUGUUGAGUUGCAUAUCCAAUUCCAAAUAGGUUUAGCAAGGAAUAUGGAGGUGGAAGAGUUUGAAGGUUGUAUCAGCUGCAUGAAAACUAAAGAUUUAUGUGACCUAUUUACUGUUUAUGGAGAAAAUGCUCAAACCUACGCGAAAAUGUUUGAAACUUGUUUCAAUGUUAAGAUAGCUGAUGAGCUGAAGUUUAUUUGCUCCACAUGUGCUCAUAAAUUACAAAACGCAUGUACAUUUAGAGAACUAACUUUAAAAACUAUUAACAUGGUGCAAGUUAUUAAAGAUGAAGAAUAUCUUGAUGAAGAAUUAUUAGAAGCCGAUGACAAAACUGAAGUAAAACCAGAAAUAGGAGAUGAUGAUCCUGAUGAUGACUCAACCAAGGCCAGUGGUAUACGUGUGGGCCUGUGCAGUCACAUGGACAACAGGCAUCCCUGCGACAUGUGUGCAGCCGUAUUCGCCUCCGCCAGAACCCUGAAAGAGCAUAAGGAAAGAAGUCAUGGUAUCCACGGUACUAUUGGGGGCGAAUCGAAGCAGUAUCCGUGCCAUUUUUGUGAGAACGUUUAUAGCGGGCGCAAGGCUUGCUACACGCAUUUGAGGAUGAAACAUGGAUUGAAGCUGAGCACGGAGCAAGCCCCGAAGUUCACCCCGAGACAGCGUAAGCAGUGCCACGUGUGCAAUAAGGACUUCAGCCAGCAGCAGAUACUCAACAAGCAUCUGUGGAAGGCUCAUGGAUACGAGGUGGAGAAACGCAAGGCGUUCCAGUGUCCGCUGUGCGAGUCUCGCGUCAGCUACGGCCACCACUUCGACCAGCACCUGCUGACGGAGCAUCGACUCAAGCAGCACGUGGAGACCCUCCAGUUCCCCUCCAUGGACGACUUCAUAAUGUACAAGAGCCAGGUACAAGAACAGACCCGGUGCCGCUUCCGCAAGACCACGGCCAGCAAACACACCAUCGAGGGCCUCCGCUCUCACUACAUGUGCUCGCAGUCAGGGGUCUAUGUGUAUCAGGGUAAAGGCAUCCGGCCGGCGCCCGAGCGGCAGAUCUACAAGACGGGCAAGGCGUGCCCCGCCCACAUCGUGGUGACGGAGAGCGUGGGCGGCGUGCGCGUCGUGUUCCACUCCACACACGUGGGCCACGGAGCGUGCCCCUACUACGAGCCGCGUGAAUCUCGCAAAUCCAAGUCGGAGUCGAGCCUCGACCGCUGCCCGGGGCUCAGCCCGGGAUCGGCCACCUACGACCCUGACGACUUGGAUCAGGACCUAGAUGAUAGCGAGCGCGAAUGGCUCUGCGACACGUGCGGCGAGUCGUGCGACAGCGCGCGGCAGUUCGCGACGCACUGCGACGCGCACAGCUGCCGGCUGCUGCCCUGCAUCUACUGCGACAGCGUGUUUGAAAACAUCGAAUGGCUGACCAAGCAUCUUCGCUCGGAACACAAUAUCGGAACUUUCAUGUGAAUUGCUGAAACUGCAGAAAUCCGAAUUUACGUUAUGUUUACUAGAUUAUAGAUAUAGCAUAUUAAUUACCAUGUCAAAUGACUAGUUUUAAUUUGGUUAGAAAAAUAAAAUAGGAACAUGUUUUCAUAUUAA